GAUUCGCAAUUUAAAUGCAGUUUUAAAUGACGAACACCGUAAAACAAAGCGGCAUAAUACGCCUGGCCGCCAGCGUUUGCGAUCUGGAGCGUACCCUGCUAGGCGGCCAAAGUUUCCGCUGGCGGAAGCUAUGCGAUGCACCAACAGUGAAAUAUGGCGGCGUUGCCUUAAAUACUUACUGGGUGCUGACGCCAGAGAGCGAGUACAUUGGCUAUGAGGCACAUGCAACUGCUGCCAAGCAGGCUCCCAAUUUCAGCGCACUGUUGAGCGAUUAUCUGCGCGCUGAAUUUGAUUUGCUGGAGCAGCAGACCGCUUGGAUGCAUGCGGAUGAACAGUUUGGUAAAUUUGUGGGCAAACCAGUCCGUAUGCUGUCACAGGAGCCACUAGAGAAUAUAAUCUGCUUCAUGUGCAGUCAAAACAACAAUAUUAAGCGCAUUUCAUCCAUGAUCCAAUGGUUGUGCGCCGCUUACGGUCACAAGAUUGGGCAUUUCCAUGGCCAGGAUGAGUACACAUUUCCCACACUUGAAGCGCUCACUGGCGAACGCACUUGCAGUCAAUUAGAUUCGGAAUUGCGCGCCGCUAAAUUUGGUUAUCGUGCCAAGUUUAUAGCGCGUUCGCUGGAACAAAUUCAGGAGCGUGGCGGCAAUGUCUGGUUUGAGCAGCUGCGUCAAUUGCCCUAUGUGGAUGCGCGAGAGGCUUUAGUUCAACUGCCUGGCAUUGGCUACAAGGUGGCCGAUUGCAUUUGCCUGAUGUCCCUGGGCCACUUGGAGGCGGUGCCCAUUGAUACGCAUAUCUAUAAGCUGGCACAGCGUCACUAUCUACCGCAUCUGGCUGGCCAAAAGAGCGUGACCACAAAGAUCUAUGCUGAGGUGGCGCAACAUUUUCAGCAGCUCCAUGGCAAAUACGCUGGCUGGGCGCAAACGCUUCUAUUCUGUGCCGAUUUGCCGCAGUUUCAGAAUAAAUCCGAACUGGGCAGUAAUGAUACAAAGCCCAAGAAGCGCAAAAAACAAUGAUCCAAUGAUGAUACUGUUUUGCGUUUACUAGAUGAAUGUUUGUAUUCCCAUAUACAAAUAUGUCCUGUGUCCACUACAUAUAAAAUAGCUUAAGAUUGAAUUAUCCUUGUGUCUAAUCUUCAGCAACUUGCAAAGCACAUAAAGCUUAGCUAGUAUUUCAAGUGAUUGUCAUGACAGUCCCGACCUUUUUCUUUUAAAUUGUCGGCACCAAAUUGAUAUGCAAAUUGCAUGAUUAA